UCUGUGACUUGUUUGAUGCCGUUCCGAACCAAAUAACAAUCAAUAACUGAAAAAAUCGUCUGCAAAAUGCUCAAGGUGUAACUAAUGCCCUAUUCUGGUUUCGCGCCCACAAAGGGGGCACUUCGAUAUUUGCCAUCCUGUUUUACUAGUUGGGCGGCUCGAUUGACUCUCCUCUUGGCCACAACAUCCUCUGCACUUGCUGAUUCGCGAUGUCUAAUCGAUUCAAGUUUUCUAAAAGAACUGCGCCUCCCGGUGACCCAUCGAACCCUGUUCCCAACCCCCAGAUCACUUCUUCUCCAACUGAAAGCGAUGCAACAACUAGCACAGAUCAUGGUGGAUCUGAUAGAUUCCGUCUUGAACCUCUUACCACUACCGAUGGUAGUUCUCGAGGCCGGAAGCAGCGGAGGUCUGUUCGGUACACUAUAGCUAAGCUGUUGAGCAGAAGUCCCAGUCCCGAUCCCAGACAACCGGACCCCUCUACGCCCAAUCAGCCAUUGCUUAAUCCAUUAUCAUCACCCGUUCUCCCUGGGGGGACCAUUGGUAUCUCUCACAUGAUGCCCAGCGAAUGUAUCACCCAUGGCAACACUGAAACUCCCCACCCACCACCAGGACGCACAGGCGUGAACUUAGAUGCCCCAUCGUCAAUGGAUCGAACACCGUCAUCUUCAGCCGUCACUGCUGGUGAAGGAAAGAAAACAAUCAUCGCCGCCACAAGGCUUGUCCUCCAAACUGCCGCCACUGCUCUUAAGUUAGCCCCCAUUCCGAAUCUCGACCAGAUACCGAAUACACUCCUAUCGUGGCUCCAAGUUUACGAGACCAUCGACAACAAUGACGAAGAUCUCAAGGGAUUAGACGACGAAGUUCGUAACGCUCACGAAACGAUCUUUAGGCCUCUCCAGUUGUGGACUGGCCAAGUUCCUCCUGCGAUAGGUGAUCUGAUUCAACGAUUUGACUUAGCUCUAAAACGACAAUUGACGCAAAUUGAGGCACUCAAACGUCAAAAGCUUUCCAAGAGGGUAAUUUUAGCGACUGAGAUAACCCAGGAAAUAAGUGCAGUGAAGUCGUGCAUUCAUGAUGCUAUUUCCUGCUUUUCGGUUUGUUUCGUCUACGUUCAAGUCGUUUGAAGAUUGACCGGGGGAUUCACCAUAGACUGCUGCGACAACUCUAAAUCUCCUCCACACAAUUCGGCUAUCGGUAGACUAUGAACUCUCAAAACUCUACAAAGCGAGCGCGGAAUACUCUGCCGUGGAAA